AUGAAGUGUUCGAUAUCGUUAUCUCCCUCUUCUCCAUGGUUGACUCAGCUGCCGUCUGCGGCCUGGCUGGAGGCCCCGCAUUCCAUCUUCUGGAGUCCGGCUGGAACGAGUUUUGGGUCGCCGGAUAGAGAAAUCUGGGUAUGCGGUGUAGGUGUAGACCACUGUUGUACAGUUGGUAUGCAGACGCAGUUGAGUUACUACAGUCGGAGGCAGUUCCUCGAAGCCCACAACCAGACUUUGGCGCACAUGAGUUCCAUCCUGAAGAACAGAGCAAUCAAAUUCGACGGUGAGUCAGAUAUUAUAUUAUUAUAA